CAUCUCCAGCUCCCUGACAGAUACACAGCCUCAUCCAGAGAGAGUAAAUGAGGAUCUGGAUGGAGAAAGAGUGGUAGACCUGCCGCUCAGAGCAUCUUCUCUCAGAAACAGCAUACUCUACUGACGGACCGGCGGCGGAUGAGCACAGACACACACAGCAGUCCUGCUGGAGCGCAUCUAACAUGGGAGAAGACAAACCUUUGAAUGCAGCUGGAAAAUAUUUGCGGGCGAAAACCUUAAUGAAACUUUACUCGAUGACAGAGUGCCCGAAAUCCCUGUUACACAGGAAGUUUGAAAAAAAAUCAUGAUCCUGAAGUGUUGAUCUUUCUGGAGCUGUUUUCAUGAAUAUAUAUGUGCCAACUGGAGAAAGAUUUGUGUGUUUGUUUGUUGCAAACCUGUUAAUGAACUGUUACAGUUGUACUGCAUGGCUGCUACCCCGCACAGUUACCAAACAGCACGCAUCACACUACAUAUUGACGUUCUUCUGAUCAAACGUGCUUGAGCUGCCGUGUUGCUGGUGUAUUUUUACCUCACGGCUUAUAGACAUUUUGUGACAACACUAAAACUUAAUUCGCUCUUUGGAUAUAGUGCCAAACCACACAGUGGCGAUUGUGACACAGUUUUUUCUGUAAAUGAAUGUGUAGCCGCUGUGUUCCCCAUCCUCACACUGUCCACAGUAAAUCUGCCGGCGUUCUGGAGCUCAGUGUAAACUAGUGGACAUUUUCUGGAGCCUCCUGCAGAGCUGCUUCAGAUGCACCUGUAAUCGCACGGCUGAAACAUCCCAGUUUGGAUUCUUUAAGGUUGCCGAUAACAGUUUUGUGAAACUCUAAAACACAAAGAUGCAGAAUUUCCCCAAUAGUCCUGUUCCUCUCCACCCAGGGUUCAGCCGUGGAGCAGGUGUGGUCAGUUCUCCAUAUCAGGCCCACCCAUCAGACCUUCAGAUCUCCCCCAGGACCUCCGAGGACUAUGUGUCCCUCCAGCAGGCCCAGACCAGCCUGCAGAGCCACGGGCAGCACCUGCACCUACGGGCCCAGCAGCAGCAUCUGCACGCACCGGUACAUGGCUACGGCUCAAGGCGAGCGGUCACAGAGAUGCCGCAGAGCAGUGCUCACAGCGCUGGGGGAAACUCCUACCGAAAGGACAGUAUGGAUUAUUAUUUCUCUGUGAGUGGGCGAGACCGAAGCCGAAGAGGUGGAGCUGCGUACGGAGCAGGGUUUAGGUACACAAAUGUAGAUGGGCAUCAGUACCAACACCUCUCCGGUUCAGGGUCUUCCUCUGGAAUGAUUUCUCCCUAUUCCAUGGACUGUGGCUCUGCAGUCGUAGGUAGUAAUAGCAGCGCGGCUGGUUCCUUUUCUCCUUCCCAGCAAUACGGUAUGGCUCACGCUGCUUCAGUACAAUCAAGUGCUCAAAUGCAUCAACGGCAGAAAUAUCCCUCACAUCAAGGCUUAUUACACCAAGGUCAGCAUCACCGCACAUACGGGCUCUCCGGAAGCAGAAUCCCCAAUCAGUUCGGACACUACGCCACUAUAAAUGCAACCUCAGGCUCCUCUGGAAUGUAUAACUCUCCACCACAGAGAUACGAUGUGAGCAGCAGUAGCAGCACGGAAGCCAAAAUCAAUGACUCUCCCACACAGUCUAAUCCAAAUCAUCAUAGCAGUUCAUCAGCUUCCAACAGCUGUGAGAGUAUGGGACAGGGUUACUCCUCGUCUGCACAUCCAUCGUAUUCACCACAGUCACUUCACAAACACGGCCCCCAUUCACAGCGUACCGCUCAACACAGCGCUGCCGCAGGUUAUGACCUAUCCCUCAAAAUGCAGCAUCUGCACACCAAACUGCCCCAUUCCUCCGUCUCCUCCAGUCCGUCUCUGCCUUCACACACUCCUCAAGACCUCACAAAAUCUCCUAUGCACACACAAAAUCAACAAGCUCAGAUUCAUCAGAACUUCAGUCCUAUCUCUAAUCCCUCUCCGGCUCCAUCUGCGGUGCAGUCUCCAAGCUGCAGCUCGUCUUCAUCUCCGCUGCUGGGUGUCUCGGAGGGAAACAGUGUUCAGCUGCAGGCAUCUUCACACCCCGCUGCCACUAACGCACGUGGCAGCCAGAGUCACGCACGCAUCCUGCAGGCCGUCCCUCAGCUAAGCCCCACUCCCCAUUCCAAUAGCAGCAUCAGUAGCUGUGGUAGUGGAGGUGGAAAUAAGUCCGCCAUUCUGAAUCACAGUGCAGGGAUUGUUCAUGCCACCAUGGGUCAGAACCGAAUGGGACUAGGUCUCCGGGGGGGUCCGGGGGAAGAUGGCUCCCUGUUCGCCCAUGACAAACACCUACAGGACCCUGGUCUGAACAGUCUCAAUGCUCUGACUUCUCAAGUGGAAAACCUACCGAAUACAGUCCAGCACAUGCUGCUCACCGACACUGUGCUGCCCCAGAGAAAGAGCAGAGACGCUGCCCUUCACUUUCAGAUGCAGCAGGGGUCUCACUCUCUACCUGGCAACCAGAACAAAUCUGGAAAUUCCAGCAAUGCUGCUCAGACCUUAACAAAUGAAGAGAGCUCUGAGAUGCUGGAAACAAAAGGGCAUCAAAAAUUAGAACGGAAGAGAAUUAGGCAGGCAAGUGGAACAAGCAAUGAAUCUGAGCCACAGAGCUACUUGUCAUCACAAAGUCAAAUGCCCUCAGAAAAGAGUCUGCAGGGCUUGGAUCUCCAGGUCAACACUGGAGUCAUUUCAAAACAGUCUUCUGUUAGAGAGUCUCAAGCAAAGACUCCAGAAACUCUCACCCCCUCCUCCUCUUCACCACCAUCAGUUCAUCUUACUGCAGAACCUAGUCCAAAACCACAGGUGUAUCCCCCUGAUCCAGCAUCUCCCAUUCACUCCGCACAUCCAAACUGUGUGGCGGAUAGAGACCUUGGUAAAGAUGAUGACAAGGGAACUAAGGGACUACAAAUCAAAAUGAUAAAAGAUGAAGAAAGCGAUGAUGAAUGUGCAGAUCUUCCUUGCCAUAGAAAGAGUUCAGAGAACAGACUGUCAGAUCCUCUCAAACAGGCUGAGCGAGAGUCCUGUGCUCACCCAUUAGAAAAUCCCAUUAAAAAUGUGAAUGUUCCAGAACAACACAAUGUUGGAGGAGUAGGGGUCAUUGUCUCUGCUCGUUCUGAACUUAACACAGAAUCAAGCAAGCACACAGGAGUCAAAUCUCCACGUUACAGUGUUUCUCAUUACCCAAACAAACACAGCAGUAUUGAGGAGCAGCGUGAUGUCAAUGUCUUAAAAGAGACGAGAAACCAGAAUGGAGAAGGAGAGAUGUCCAUGGAAGCAUAUGUGUCACAGUAUAAUAUUUCCCCUAAACGAGAAUUUGGCCAAAACAUUGUAUCUGUUCAAUCUCACCCAGUGUCAUUUAAGGGCAGUAAUCCAGAGGUACAAUACACUACCGUAAAGAGCAAGGAAAAAUUAGGCCUAGGGAGUGUUAUGGGUGCAAAUAGGGGCCAGAAUUACCAUCAACUACAGGCCAGCUAUGGGUCUAUUCCCAGAAAGGAGAUUGGUGGUGUAUUUGCUAUGGAGGGGGGAAGAGGAAUGGUCUCAAGAAGUCAGGAUAACAGUUCUCCGUUUCAGCAAGCGUUUCCAAGUCUUUUACAAGAAGUCCUUCAAGGCCAUCACUUGGAUCGUCGAUAUGUACGUGCUGACCAACCAUCUAGUGUUCAUCAAGAUACGUCUCAGCACCGUUUUCAAACCAGACUACCUUACAGUAUGAUUGAAAACUUGAGUGCACAUUCAAUGGGCUCUCAAUCAGUUAUGGCAGGACUUAAUGUCCAGUUUAGUCAAUUGGCCUCUGGAAAACCUCCAAAUUCUAGUCAGGGACCAGAUAGUGAGAUUGGUUUAGGCCCUCCUCAUCCCUCUUGGGAUUCUGAAGCACAUAAGACUCACGGCAUCUCCAUAGAGAAAACCAAAACUUGUCUGUCUCCAAGCCAGUCCUCCCACAUGCAGCAGUCUUUAGAUCUCUCAACAGGAGCCCCUCCAAAGCACAUCAACUUGGCCGACUAUUCUUUGCAGCACAGAAAACCAUCCAGAUAUGGUACCUCUCCGUCAGCUGUAGAACAAUUGCUUUUACAGGAAGCUGAGCCACUGGCAUGCAGUGUAGGUCCUGUCAGUCAUGUUCAAUCCCAAGCAUCUUCGUCCUCGGGAAGGCGCUCUGUAAUCUGUGACGUGUCGCCGUCUCGACGAACAACACCAGAAAGAGAGAGAGGAUCCUCUGGACCCUCAGUCAUUCAGCAGCCGUUUUCCUCUGGGUCUAAUGAGCAAGACUGCUGCAAGGAAGAAAUUAAAGCAAAGAAAGCACAAAUCAAGGAGGACCCAUCAAAGAUUGAAGCUGCAGGUCAGAACACAGAUCACUACUGCAGCACACCACCCAGUAAGGAGUCUAACAAGCCUCUUCGCCAUCCUGUAGAUAGUGAUCCUGACUUAGAAAAGACCAGCAGUGCCAAAGGCAACAGUGAUGCCAUCAGUAACCUGCCAUAUCUUUCGCAAAUGUCCUCAAACCCCUUGUCCUCACCACAGAGACUCCAGUCAUUUUCACAGGCUGUUGAUGGCUUCAGAGUAUUUGGCUUCGGUGAUGCAAUGGAUGGACAAAAAAUGAUCUCCCAUCCUACGCCACAUCAACCGUUCCAUACACUAUCAGCGUAUUCUAAAACCACAGCUUCUACAAACAAGUUACAGUUGUUUCCACAGAGUUUGCCUCCUCAAGACAGACCUGACUGGACCCCUGACAGACAAAAGCUUAGAGGUAUAGACAGGCACGGUCCUCAGAGAAUCCCUGAGCAGAAAUGUAAAAGCCAGCCUUCAAGUGAUAUUCUGUCUAAUCCACAUCACACAUCUCGACAGCACUCUUAUCCUGGUGCACAGUUUGACUUGAAAAUGUGGGAUGCUUAUUCUGAAAAAGAGGGAGCUGCACACACACUUCCUGCAGUUCCUCGUGAGCAUGUUGGUUCUCAACCAGUUACAAAUUCUGGCCCCAAACCCACAAAAGAGGACAUCUCAGAUAAGGGUGCAGAGGACCCAGUCAAAUCCUUCCACUCAUUGGCACCGGCUGGUACUAUUGCUGGGCACACUGGUAAGGCAACCCAAGGGAUUCAGCAGGGGCAGAGACUAACUAAAACUGGAGCAUUGGCUGAAACUAAUCCUUUAAUCAUGAGAAGGAGAGUUAGAUCUUUUAUUUCUCCUAUUCCUGCUAAGAGGCAGCAUCAGGAUGUUCCUGGUCAGCGGCCAGGAUCAGCUUACCACUCCCCAAUAGCUCAGUCCCAUUCUGAAUCUAGAAAUGCAAGCAACAGUUGUUCUGGUAGUUCAGAUUCUCAGGCCAUAUUGCCAUCUCCCAAGACACCACAUUCCAUAUCCAGUGCUAACUCACCUCCUCAGUCCAAAGCAAAGUUUCUUCCCCCAAGAAAGGGGCGUGGCCUGAAACUUGAGGCGAUUGUGCAGAAAAUUACUCCUGGUGUGAGAAAAAAUGACUUUAACAAUAGUAACUUGGAAUCUGACUUUUCAGAUGUAUCUCAUUACACCUCUGACUUGCCAGACCCAGAGAGUGGUACAUCGUUUACUAGUGUUUCUCAAGGUGAGGAGCCCUGUUUAUCUUACCUUGAGGAUUCUCAUACUUUAGAUGACCUUAUGCCGUACAGAGCAGUUGAAGAGGCAUUCUCAUGUGACUCUCAGUCUCACAAAGCAGGUGCAGCUGCUUCUAGCAGUGGUGCCCUCAGAAGUUUGCCAAAAGAUUUUGACUUUGGCCUAGGUACUGCUGGGUCUUCAGGGUCUUUGGGGGGUGAAAAUGAUAAGGAUGAAUUUACUUUGUUGGGACCCCUUCCACCAGCUCCUCCAUUACCUUGUCCUGUACAGGGAUCACCACCUCCAUCUUCAUCUGCAUUGUCUGACAUACAACAAUUUACAAACACUUAUCAAGAGCUGGAAACACGGCGAAGUGAGCAGUCGGCUGCUAACCUGCUGCGGCAGAAGCUGCAGGAGACUGGCAUGGGCUUUGAUGAUUACCCAGGAGGGGAUUACUAUGGGACCACUGCUGACCAUAGUCCUGGACAUCACCUACUGUCCAGAGCUUCCCAAAACCAGAUGACUUCUCUCAGGUUGACAAGUCCAGAGUCUAAAGCAUCAGAAAGCACUGUGCCCAAAGGUUAUUUUCCAUCAGGAAAGAAAAAAGGUCGCCCAGUCGGCAGUGUGAAUAAGCAGAAACGUGCCCAAGGUCAAAUUCAGAAUACAGCUACUAGCACACCUGCAGCUUCUCUUCCCUCACCUACAGCUGUACCUCAGUCUGUUUCAGUUCCGAGCAGUGCUGGUGAAGUGCCUCGAGUACCAACACCACCUGAUGAAAAACCCUGCCCAUCUCUGGUCCCUCCUGAUGAAACCCAGGUGGUGAAGGUGGAUGCAGAAAGUGAGGAGACCCUGCCAGAGUUGGAUGUAAAGCCUGUUAAACAAAAACAGAAAAAGGGGAAAGAGUGCAGUGAGACUCCUGGCUCAAGUGGCAAUCAGAGAAGGAGAAGAAGAGGAAUGGCUUCCAAAGAGGAGCUGGACACUCAGACUAGCAGUAGGGGAAACAUUAAUCUCAGUGGAAUAUUCUCUGAUGCCAGGAAUAAUGUUUUUGCUCCUUAUGUACAUGUGGAGAAAAAGAUGGAAGAAAUUGGGGCAGUCUGUACAAUAAUUAACGCAGAGGAUGAAAAGUCAAAAGGUGGAGGCAAACCUGGUCACAUGGGGGUUGAUGGCCCUUUAAAUACCCUACUGCCAUCUCAGCUUGUGAGAAAAGAAAAGGAGAAUGAAAAAUCAAAAGAAAACUGGGUUUCAGAGCAAGUUGAUUCAACCUUGGAGUCAGGGAAAACGCUCCCUACAUCUGAAUAUGUUCUGGCAGGACCUGUGAUAUCAGAAACUGGACACACCGGUCACCUGCUGUGCUGCCUUUGCCAGAAAUGGGCCAACUACAAACAUCUUGGAGAUCUCUAUGGUCCUUUUUACCCAGCCGAGUAUGCGGCCAAACUCCCUAAGAAUCAACCUCAAGUCCGACAAACCCUGUCCCACCUUGGGCCAGCUCCCACAGGUAUGACAUCCAUUCCAACAGAAGUGAUUCCCCAGGAAACAAGAUUACAAGAACCUCAGAAUGUCAAGUCAUCUACAGAUAGUGAUUGCACAGUUAGCCAGGCAACAAACACAACAUCCCCAGCCACCACCAUUGGCACUGUCUCUCCAAUGCCUUUGGAAAUGCCUUUCCAGAAUGCUAAAGCCAGCAGCUCUACCGCAAGGGUAACAACUCAUGCUUGGGAUAUAGCAGCCGAACUGGCAAGUGGACUGGGUACAUCAAAUUUACAAGAAACAGAUGGUGAAAUCGCAUUAAAGCAGUUGCAGGCAGAAAGUUCACAGCAAAGACCCCAGCACAGAAAGCUGACAUCCCAUCCCCGCUUCAAAAGAAGACACAAAUCUAGCGAAGAUUUACCUCGAACUGUCCCAAUUAACAGCAAAGCCUCCCUGCCCUUUCAGCCUCCACCCCCCAGCUUGGAUGCUCUGGGUCCCAUGGCUCAGCUGGCGCAGCUCCCGCUGGUUCCUCUGGACCCUGAGGAGCUAUGGGUGCACGAGGGCUGCAUGGUGUGGACCAGUGGCGUAUACCUGGUCAAUGGGAGACUCUAUGGCCUUCAGGAAGCACUAGAUGGUGCUAGAGAUGCGAGCUGCUCCCAUUGUGAGGUGACGGGCUCCACCCUCGGCUGCUACAGUAAAGGCUGCACGCUGAGGUACCACUACAUUUGUGCCAUAGAAGCAGAUUGCUCUCUUAACGAAGACAACUUUUCUUUGAGGUGUCCAAAGCACAAGGGCAACAGGAUGGCCAAGCCUGGAGUGGUGUAUCUGGAGCAGUCGGAGCGAGGAUGAGCGGAGCAGCGCGGCGCACAGAUCAGACACGAAGAGUCCUGCCUGACUGUGUGAGGCUCAGCAUCCACAUGGGUUAUCGAUGGACACUGUUGGGAAUGUAGAGACUCUAAAAACACUAAUAACUGAGAAAAACAAAACGAUCAGCUGUUCUGUGCGGAAGCAGAGCGGGAGACGGAGAGAACGGCCUUCUGGGAGAGGAGGAGGAGGAACACUAACUGCCUUCAGAGCGCUGAGUCUGAGUUGGGCAUCUUUACUGUGGGUCUGUCCAUCUGGAGCUCCGUGCGGACAUGCGGACGGCAGUGUAUUUACAGCCCUUAUAUGUAGUAUUUUAUCAUGGCUCAUCUUAUCCUUAUUUUAAACAUCGCUAUUGUUUAAUCAGUAUUUACCUGUAGAUGGAGACAGAGAGUCGAGUGCCACCGUACACACACUCGACGGCAGCGUCAUGCGCACGGCCAGACGCACAUUUAUUGCCUUCGAAGGUGUGCCUGUGUGUGUGUGUGUGGACGGAAAGCGUGCGCUUGUGUCUGCUUCUGCCCGUUGAUAAAGUGUUCUUAUUUCCGCUGAGGGUGUGUGUGUGUGUGUGUGUGUGUGUGUGUGUG